UUCAGACUCCGCUUGUCCCUCUCCCUCCUCCCCAAGUUGCGAUGUCAAACGUUCUGAGACAAUAUCUCUCUGCAGUGCGCUCAACGCUCACGGCGGCGCUUACGCUCGAGGACUUUUCGUCCCAGGUGGUAGAGAGACACAACAAGCCCGAGAUUGAAGUCCAAGGCUCGAAAGAAGUCCUCCUCAACCCACUCAUCGUCUCCCGCAACGAGAACGAGCGCGUGCUGAUCGAGCCGUCCGUCAACUCGCUCCGGAUGAGCAUCCGCAUCAAGCAGGCCGAUGAGAUCGAGCGCAUCCUCUGUCACAAGUUCACCCGCUUCAUGAUGCAGCGCGCCGAGUCGUUCGUCGUCCUCCGGAGGAAACCUGUUCCGGGCUACGACAUCUCGUUCUUGAUCACGAAUGUGCACUCGGAGACGAUGCUGAAGCACAAGAUUGUGGACUUUAUCAUCCAGUUCAUGGAAGACGUCGACCGGGAGAUCAGCGAGAUGAAGCUCUCGCUCAACGCACGCGCGCGUAUCGUCGCCGAAUCCUACCUCCUUGCUUUCAACGCAUGAGCGCAAGCCUAGCCAGAUGAUGCCGUUACAAGAGAGAGGGCAGGUCCUCUCGUUUCGAUCAAAUUGUAUACUUUCUUCACGCUUUCAGACAUCCUUUUUGUGAGAUUGGUGCCGUCGGGUUCUCGCCUGCGCUCCCUGAGCCAGAUGGACUUUGACCACUUCCCUACUGCCCUGCGCGAUCUGGUGAUGAACGGCAGCCGACGCCAUAACCACAUACCGGGAAUCAACAUAUUUAAUUUCACUAGGUCUUCUUGUAAGCUAAGAGUACCCGAGCAAUGUAAGAUGAAAAGCAAAACAUGAGCACUUCUGUGCCCCUGUCUACGGUGUCACGUGUUGCCGUUCGUUCGCGUCUACGCGCCGCCAAUUGAACUCCCCUUUCCCGUUCUCGACAACGACACCAACCACAUCGCCUCUCACCGUCCCACCUCAAGCCCUCAAACAAACCGAAUCAAGAAACACACGAGUCUAACCAACUUGUACGCUCAGAAAGCGGACCGACUAUAGACUGCACAAACCAGAAGUUAACGUGGUACAUGUCCACCGGCAACCCGACCGCGACGGGCACACACCUCACAUCCUCGCGCGUCAACCGCCUCCUCCGGCCGCUGCGCACGAAAUGCGCGGUUCUGGCACAGGCGAACACGCCUCUCUACGUUGUAGCGCCUCCUGCGCCCAUCAUCACAUAUACUUCGUCCUCCAAUGGGCAACGGCGGAGUCCGGCUGAAGGUAAUGGGGGGAGGAGUGGAAAUGGGCAGGGAGGAAGGAGGAACGGAGGCAGAGUUGGCGACGCUGCAGGUGGAUCGGGUCUGGGUGCAGGAGCAGGAUCAAGUGCAGGAGCAGGAGACAGCGGCCCGGGUCCGCUCACGGUGCUCGCGCCCGUGCGCCCGACGAGCCUCCACCGGCGCAUGGACCGCGCGGGCGCCGCCAACUUUGAGCUCGCGCGCAAGGUGCAUGCUGUGCUCGAUGCGUUUCGGAACGUGCUGCAGGUGGCUUG